CAGGUAGCGCGAGGCACCAGGUGUGCGUGCAGAGGGAAAGAGGAGAAGAGCAGCAGCAACCAGAUGACUGAGCUCAGUGGCACCGGACAUGUGACAAGGGGAGAGUGAGACGGUCUAUGACAGAAUGUUCAUGAUAAGAUCAGACAUUAAAGGUGCAGGAGGGAGAUCGACUUGUUUUAGUCAUCAAGAGCUGGAUGCAAAAGAGACAGAUGCUGCUGGACAAGAAUUGCUCCCACUAGUUUGGAUUUGUGCAUGAGGGUAAUCCUUGAUCCUGCAAGACCAUGGCUGGUAAGAAAGGGAGGCAGUGGAGGUCCAUGUGCAAAGGCCUGGUCCUGGGUACCCUCCUGACCAGCUGCAUGAUCCUGCUUUACUGCUUUUCCACCCCGCAGAUGCACCUCAACCUGCCUGAUGUUCCAGUGCCUUAUUCCUGUGCCCACCGUCCAUCCCAGCUCCACCCCAAAUCAACCACCAACAUGUCCCAACAAACCUCUGGUCAGAGAUGCACACCCAAAGUGGACAUCAUGUUCAUGAAGACCCACAAAACAGCCAGCAGCACCUUCCUCAACAUUCUUUUCCGCUUUGGAGAGAAGCACCGACUGAAAUUUGCCUUCCCCAACAGCAGAAAUGACUUCUUCUAUCCGUCUGUGUUCCAGCGCUCUCAGGUUAAAGACUACAGACCUGGAAUGUGCUUCAAUGUUAUUUGUAAUCACAUGCGAUUUAAUGCAAGUGAAGUGGCCAAGCUGCUACCUCUGGACACUUCCUACAUCACCAUCCUCAGAGACCCUGCUGAGCUCUUUGAGUCGUCCUUUCACUACUUUGGCCGGCUGGUGCCAUUUACCUGGAAGAUACCAGGUGAUGACAAACUGACUGAGUUUUUAAGAGACCCAAAUCAUUACUUCGAUAAAGAGGGCUUCAACUCUUUCUACCUCAAGAAUCUGCUGUUCUUCGAUUUUGGACAGGACAACACUUUGGAGCUGGAUGACCCACAUGUAGAAAAGGGAAUCAAGUUAAUCACUGGGCGUUUUCAGCUGGUCAUGUUGGUGGAACACUUUGAGGAAUCUCUGAUCCUGCUUAAGGAUGCCCUCUGCUGGGAGAUGGAUGACCUGCUCUUCUUCAAGCUCAACGCCCGUAAAGGCUCAACUGUGUCCAAACUCACCCCUGAGCUGAGGGCCAGGGCUCUGCAGUGGAACGCCAUCGACUGGAAGCUCUACCAGCAUUUCAACCAGACAUUUUGGGAGAAAGUAGAUGCAUAUGGACGCCAAAGGAUGGCUGAGGAUGUUGCAGAGCUCAGGAGAAGGAACACAGAGAUGGCAUCUGUCUGCAUUGAGGGGGGUCAGGCUGUGGAAGCUGGCAGCAUCCAGGAGACAGCCAUGCAACCGUGGCAGCCCAUUGGAGAGAAGUCCAUCAUGGGAUACAACCUGAAGAAGAAUGUGGACAAGGCACAUCGGAAGCUGUGCCGCAAGAUGUUAACACCAGAGCUUCAGUAUUUAACAGAGCUCGGGGUCAACCUGUGGAUCACCAAACUGUGGGGCCACGUACGAGACAUCAUUAACUGGUGACUAGACCUGUGAGCAUGAGGGGCCAAUUAGACUUUGAAAAACUGUAUUUGAAGAAGAAGAAUCUGACUGUGUGGCUGAUGAAGUGAAAGGUUUAUGGUUUAAGUCACAUUUCAAUCUUAUACCGUUCUGAAGGGUGCUUGAGAAAAAAAAAACCCAGACCUCACAAUCUACAAAUACUGGACAUGUUUACAACAGGCAGUUGCAUGGAAGACCUAAGCUGACAUACCACCAUACAUGCUAUUUACUCUGUUUUACUGUGAUCAUGAGUCAAUUUCAGUUGUUUUCUCUUGAUAUAACCUUAAAGAUCAAGGAUCAUAAGUCGUAUCUCUAGAGUUGCAAUAGCAGAGAACAAACUCAAGUUUAUAGUGCAGGCACCAGCAGUAUAGUAUCUGUGGUCUAGCUUAUCACUAUAGCAUUUUGUUUAGUUCAACCCUUAUUGUCUCUUGAUAACGAGUAAAACUGCUCCUUUACCAUUGGAAGACCAGCUUUGUCAUCCUGAGAUAACAAGAACACAAGCUAAAUUAACUUGUUUUUAAUACUAGAUUAAGGCAAUAAAGAAGUUGAGAUCUCAAGAAAAAGAACUUUAAAAGGCUCAUUAUCACAGAAAAAUUGAGUUAAUAUAAUUGGUGAAUGCAUGUCCACUUGAGGCAACCAUACAGACAAGGCCCAGCAUUGUUUUUAUAAAACUAUUUUCAAAAUAUUAAUUUUAAAUUCUUACUCUGAAAUACUUUCUUAAGUGAAUAAUGGAGUUUAAGACUAAUUCUAGGGAAUAAAGACAAACGUGUUGCCACCUUUGCCAAAAUUUUAAAGUUGUUUGAAGACAUGAAAGAAUGGAAACUCUGUGAUGUUUUUCUUUGAAAGUUGAAAAAUUUAAACACAGAUUUGAAGGUAUUGAAUAUUUCUAGAUCCCAUCUCAAUGUUUUCUGGAGUACAAAAUCCGCAAUAAUUUAGAAAAAAGUUUAGAAUACCUACUUUUCCAAUGACAGACAUUUUCACUUGUCAUGGCAGAGGAGUUGUAAGUACAACUAAUAGCAAUAAUGACUGUUUAUUCAAUGGUCCAAAACUACUACAUCGUAAUCAAAUGUACCGUAGCUCUCAGUAUCUGCAGUGACACGUCAAGGAGUCUGUCAUAAAAUAUAUCUGAUGACUUCUAUGCAAAGAAGUCAGUGGAUACAAAUUUAAGUUCAGCACUAUGCAAUCAAUUUUGAAAGAAUCAUUUCUCAUUAAUCUAUUUUCUUUUUCUUUUUCUCCUUUUAUACAAUAAAUGGCAUACUGUUCAUUAAAUGUUAUAUGAUGUAACACUUUCACUACUCUUGGACAUUAUGCAGCUGUAGCCAUUUCCCCUCUUACCCUUAAAACCACAAUGUUAAUCCUAAUAUCAUUCGCUUGUGCCAGGUGUUUUUGGCAGCACAUUGAUGAAGUGGUAAGAUAGCGAGCCUUAAAAAGUCAGACAGUUGAAGUAAAAAAAAAACACUGAGACAAUGAACUAUAGUGUUAAACAACGCAAUGUCUGUUUGCACAGAUCUGUAGUCUUAGCCUGCAGAAACACAGAUAGUUACCAGUAUAUUUAAUGUUACAUCAGGGGUUUUCCUGAUAAAGCAAACUUAGUUAUUUCUUUCGUCCAACUACUGUAUAUUUAUUUACUCUGUAUUUCUUUGCAUUUAAUACUUUUUGAUUCUGUAUUUCUUGAUGUAUUUAAGUGUUUUUUCGGUCUGUAACAUAGUGGUUUUGUCCUUAUCACACCUCCCCCAUUUUUCCUGGCAUGUGAUUAUCUCAUGCACCUCAAAAUAAAGCAAAGAUUAUGUAACUGG